AUGAUCAAAACGUUGUUCUACACCUUCCUUCAAACAAAACACCAAGAAGAAAACGCUGAUAGGACAUAUCCUAACUAUCCAUUGUUUCCUCAAGAAGUCGAGAUUCGACCCAUAACUCCUUUCUGUUGGAAAAUCCUCAAAACCCUCACAAGACAUGAAAUAUUGGACGAAGACAAGUUACAACUUCCACAUGAGAAAAUCCUAGAUAUUUUGAUGAGAUACUAUUCAAAACGUGUCAUAUUUCUCACAAAUUAUCUGACUUGUCAGCUCAAUUUAUUUGUGAAAGAUAUUGAUACAAACACUAUCCAUUUUGUUACAUUGUGGAAACAUCCACAUGAAGAAAAUUUCACUAUGUGUGAGUCUUGGAUCAAAGAAUUUGUUAAGAGGAAGGAGCUUGUGGCUGGCAUGGUGGUUGGUAUGUAUUGGGAUUACGAGAAUUGCAUGUUUUGUUUCUCAGUAUUAGAGGGAAGUGAGUGACUCAAUAGAUUUAGAAUUGCUAUAACAUAUAAAUAAAUAUAUUCAUUUUAUGUUCAAAAUGAGAUCUAGCAAUAAAUUGUGUGAGACUUUUAAUUUUAAAUUUUUGGGUCUGGUAAA